GUGAGCACCAGAUGGCAGCAUGAGGAAGUUUAGCUUUCUUUCUCCUUCACAGUCACUGAAGUGGAUUUGUCUUAUAAUUCUUACAUUCCUUGUGUUGGAGUUACUCCUCUUUAACUGUUUCAUAUUUUAUGGUUUGGGAGUGUUACACAGAACAUUUGGUCCGCUGCUCAAUAUUGGUGAUGUGGACUGGAAGGAGGAUUUGAAACAAGCCCGAUGGGUCCGGGAACUAGUUUACAGGGGCAAAGCGGGGGGAUUUGUCUCCCUGUUACAGGACACAGUGGAGAGAGUAUACAUGAUAGAGGGAGGAGGAUCUGAGGGGAAAAAAAUAAAAACAUUUGGAAUAGAUGUAUCACAUUCUGGGGAAUUUCUGUACAUUUAUAAACAUAUACUGGCUAGGAGACAUUUUCCUUAUGCUCGAUUAGUGGUAGACAUUGGUGCAAAUGAUGGGCUUCUAUCUAGUAACUCAUUUAACUUCAUUCAGAUGGGCUGGUCAGCAUUAUUAGUGGAGCCCCAAGCCUCACAGGCUGAAAUGGCUGCCAAAAAUGUUGUCAGGUAUGUGAAUCCUUACCGUGACAACAAUCAGACAGUGAAAGUCAUUAAGAACGUCAUCAGCAACAAGUCUGGGGUUGUCUCCUUCCUGCGGCGGUCAGACAUCGCUGACAUGGAGGGACACAUUGCUGAGGAGGAGGUCUUUUACCCAGACAAUCCUCCCGAGGGGGAUAUAAUCCAGGUGGUCAGUAUUACGGUCAAGAGGUUCACCUCCAAGUAUAAUGUUCCAAAGUACUUUGGUGUGUUGUCUAUUGAUGCUGAGGGCACUGGAAACCAGAUAUUACAUUCAUUUAUUGACCUGGGAUUUCGUCCAGGAUACAUCAUCUAUGAAGAUUUACAUGAAAGAGCAUUUGAACUCCCAGACCUCACAGAGAAAUAUCUGAACGAGAACGGAUACCGCUUACUGUCAAGACGAGGUUGGAAUCUUAUAUUCUGUCAUCAGGCAAGAAAGUGAUGCAUACCGUUUGAUUU